AAAUCAAUCGGAUUCCGUCAGAUUCCGUCAUAAUUUUGAGGUGUGGUGGAAGUUGUUGUGAUUUACAUUUUUUAACAAAUGGUGGAUAAAUGUCUACAAAGCCAAUAAAAAUGCCGUCGGCAACCAAAGAGAAAGAUUCGACCAUUUUGAAAAUUGCUGUGGAAAUGCUAAAUGCGCCCGACAAGGUGCCACAGCUGAUAGAGUUCGAUCAAAGUCAGCCCUUGUCGAGUAUCAUACAGCUCCUGUGCAAGCCGUGGGGUCUCCUUGACCCCGACAACUACGCGCUGCAGUUCUCCGAAAGCAAUAACCAAAACUAUAUAACAGAGAAAAACCGCAACGAGAUUAAAAAUGGGUCUGUGUUGCGACUGGAGCAGUCCCCAGCGAAAACAGUGCAGGACAUCUUGGCUAAAAUCAACAAAGGAUCCGAAGCAGAGCAAACCGCUGCGCUGACCAAGUUAUCAACUCUAAGCAGCGAUUUAACAUUCGCACUAGAAUUCAUUAACAAAAAAGGUCUCUCUUUGAUCAUAAAUAACAUCGAAACUGGCAGAUUCAAAGGCAAUUGCCUCAAGUACGCUCUCGUGACGUUUGUUGAACUUAUGGACCAUGGCAUUAUUUCGUGGGAUAUUUUGGAAAAUCAGUUCAUCAAUAAAGUGGCCAGUUUCAUCAGCAAUCAGACAAGCACACAAGACCCAAAAGUAAUCCAGUCAUGCCUCUCCAUACUUGAAAACAUUGUACUCAAUAGUUCAGGGAAAAACCAACAUGUUGAACAGGAAAUUACUAUGCCCAGUUUAGUUUCACAUUUGCAAAACCCGUAUCAGGACAGUAUCAUACAACAGAAUGCUAUUGCCCUUAUUAACGCCAUAUUCUCCAAAGCAGACCAUACCAAAAAGAAAGCCAUUGCAGCAACAUUAGCAUCUAAGCAAGUUCGGAAUGUAAUUUAUGAAAAUCUUAUUGGUGCAAGUGAAUUCUCAAAGAAUGCUUCCAAAGAGGCACUUGGUACAGAGUUAGCACACCAACUUUAUGUGCUCCAAACACUCAUGCUUGGCUUGUUGGAGCCCAAAAUGAGACAACGAGCAGACUCCCAGGAGCAAGAGUCCCAAGAAAAAAUCAAAGAAUUGAGGAAAAUUGCCUUUGAAAAUGACAACAAUUUCAACAUUGAGGUAACCACAAGACGUCAAUUGGGAAGCUUUUCAAAGGACUUCAAAAAACUUGGAUUUAAAUGUGAAAUUGAUCCAAUAAAAGAUUUCAAUGAAGUCCCACCUGGGGUGCUAGCAUUGGAUUGUAUGCUUUAUUUUGCUAGGAAUUAUCCUGAGGAUUAUACAAAGAUUGUUCUAGAAAACAGCUGCCGUGCGGAUGAGCAUGAGUGUCCGUUUGGCAAGACAAGUGUUGAGUUGAUCAAGCAGUUGUGUGACAUUCUUCACAUUGGGGAGCCUCCCAGUGAACAGGGCCAGACAUACCACCCUCUGUUUUUCACCCAUGACCAUCCUUUUGAAGAGUUAUUCUGCAUCUGUAUUGUAUUGCUCAACAAAACAUGGAAGGAAAUGAGAGCAACAACAGAAGACUUCAUAAAGGUGUCUAGUGUAGUCAGGGAACAGAUAAAUCGGGCACUAUUAUCAGCUCCCAAAGGAAUUGACAAGUUCAGACAAAGGAUAAACCAGCUCACAUACUCAGAGAUCACACAAAUAUGGCAACAGGAACGCAACAACAGGGAAGUGUGGGAGUCUCAUGCAAGGCCUAUUGUGGAAUUGAAAGAGAAAAUAACGCCUGAAAUAAUUGACUUGAUCCAACAGCAGAGACUUGGUGUAUUGGUUGGUGGUACAAGAUUCAAAAAGUACUCCCCAAGAGCACAAAGGAUAAAAGACAAGUUUUGGUUUGUCCGUUUAUCACCUAACCACAAAGUUUUACAUUAUGGUGACUGUGACGAAAAAAGUACACCCAGUUUAGAGGAGUUGGGCAGCAAGUUGCCAGUUGCAGAAAUAAAGUGUGUUGUUGUAGGCAAAGACUGUCCCCAUAUGAAAGACUUGAAAGGGAGAAAGAUAAACCUGCAUUUAGCUUUUUCUUUGAUUCUUAAGUCAGCAGAAGUACCUUCCUUGGACUUUGUGGCACCAGAUGAACAGAUAUUUGAUUACUGGACGGAUGGGAUAAAUGCUUUGCUAAAAGAGAAAAUGUCCAGCAAAUCAUUUGAAUGUGACUUGGAGACUUUGUUGUCUAUGGAUAUUAAAGUUAGGCUGCUUGAUGCUGAAGGUAUAGAUAUUCCCCAAGACCCUCCUCAGAUACCUGAGGAGCCAGAUGACUAUGAUUUCCAUUAUGAUGUAUAACUAGUUUAGGACCUGGGAGUUUGGGAAUAAAUAAUUUUAAUACUUUGAUACUUCUCAGUAAAAUUGGCUCUAGUUUGAGAUAUUUAUAAUAGAUUAUCUGACUGAUAUAAUAUUUUUGGUGAAAACUGUUAAGAUCUUCCAUAAACCUAGAGGUUAGAUCCUUUUCCUGACAGGAAUUUUAAAAACCUCUCUCCACAAAAUUUGAUUAUAAGUUAUUUGUAACUUUUAUGUAUCAUUUUAUUAGAUUAUUCAAAUGAGAUUAGAUUGUAAAAUAUUUACAAUGUGUUUAAACCUUGAUUUUUAAUAGCUAUGCUUAUAGCUAGCAACUAUGACGAAUAUUAGGAUGUCCAUUCCAUAAUUGGCACCACUAUCUUUGCAUCGCCGAAGCAUUUCCGUUCUUUGUCAUUCGGCGAAUGCGUAACUUAUACGACGCCUACAUAGCGACAUUCAUUUAUAAUGACUUAGUUAAUUAAUAUUUUUCAAUAUAUGUAAUCAUGAUAUUUUCUCUUCCAUGGAUGUAAUAAUCAUUUCAAAAAGACUUUUAAUUGUAUAAGAUUAAAGCACAAAGUAUUUUAAGUUUAAUUAUUAAGAUUAUUACUAUAAAUAAAUAUGUAUAAUUUAAAGGCAACACAUAUUUUAUCAAUUUAAUAUUGUAUUCUGAAUUUCCAAUUACACUUUGUAUUGACUGACUUUUAUCAACUUCCAUUAAGUAGUUUUCAUAAGUAUUGUGGCCAUAUUCCAAUAUUAUAUUCUAUUUUAUAUACCAAA